AUGUUCAAUUCCUCGGCGGUCCACAAACUCUCCUCUCUCAUGGCCACUAAACCCCACAACAUCCGCCGCAUUGCUGACCCUUCGCUGCUGGCCGCCGCCGCCGCCAACAAGAAGCCACGGACCAUGGCCACCGCCUCCUCCGGUGGUUCCGAGACAAAUCCCAUGAAGGACGCCUUUUCGAAAUAUGCCACUUACCUUAAUGAUCUGAAUGAAAAGAGAGAACGGGUUGUGAAAGCAAGCCGUGAUGUGACUAUGAAUAGCAAAAAGGUCAUAUUCCAGGUGCAUAGAAUGAGUAAGCACAACAAAGAAGAGGUUUUGGAGAAGGCCGAAAAAGAUUUAGCUGCCGUGAUGGAUCAACACGUGUCACGCAUAGUAAAAGAGCUGCAUGGAACAGACUUUUGGAAGCUUAGACGAGCUUAUUCCCCUGGGAUUCAGGAAUAUGUUGAAGCUGCUACACUCUGCAACUUUUGUAAAAAUGGUACACUUUUGAAUCUUGAUGAGAUCAAUAAUUCCUUGCUACCUCUAAGCGACCCGUCGGUGGAGCCUUUGCAGAUUAAUGUGCUUGACUAUCUAUUGGGGCUGGCGGACUUGACUGGAGAGCUGAUGAGGUUGGCCAUAGGUAGGAUAUCAGAUGGUGAACUCCAAUACGCUCAGAAAAUCUGCAGAUUUGUGCGGGAAAUCUAUCGAGAGCUCAGUCUUGUUGCUCCAAAGAUGGAUGACUCUUCAGACAUGAAAACAAAGAUGGAUGUCAUGCUUCAGAGUGUUAUGAAGAUUGAAAAUGCUUGCUUUAGUGUUCACGUCAGAGGAUCAGAGUAUAUCCCAUUUCUUGGAUCAGAAGAUGCCAACUUCUCUUUGUUGGGAGUGUCCCAUGAUGAAUGA